CUGAAGUUCACCGACGCUGUGGAUAGGAGCUUUACCUUGCCCUGGCAUUUGGUCAAGAGUUGGAAGGGCAUGGAGACGUUGAUAAGACAAGCUUUCGUCAACAUCGAGCGCAUCGGACCGCAUGUUGCUAACGGUCACUACCAUUUGCUAGGCCCGAACGGCGAGAUCAUUUUGCCUCAAGUUUGGGAUGUCGUUGUGCAACCC